UCCAUCACCACCGUCAUCAUCAGCGUCCCACACGAAUUAAAGCAGAUUUAUUUUCUCUCGGAUUUAUUUGAUUUUCUGUUGGAGUGGGUGGGCUGAUGGUAUAUGUGGCGGCAAUUCAAUGUUUGAAAAAAAAAAAAAAUAAUAAUAAUAAAAAGAAUGUUUGAUUCAGAGAGUGACAAAUGAACAAGAUUUAGGUGCAUAUCUGCUUGAUUGAUGACGAUGGCUCUCUUUCUCUUCCUUCUUCUUCUUCCGCUGACCGCAACUGAAAUUUCUUGAAAUGGGUCUCUUUGCCCCGAUCGAACUCUGAGUGUUAUUGUUGAUAAUUUGUUAAGAAUUAUGAGGGCGGAGAAAGAGAUCAGGAUUAAACGAGGAAGGUGUGUUUUGGUUGGAAUCCAAAUUGAUGGCAAUGGCAGAGAAUUGCUCAGUUGGGCUCUCAGCAAUGCCGCUGAAGAAGGAGAUCGAGUCGUCGCAGUUCAUGUCUCUCGUACUUCAGAUAUCGGUAAUACUUCUAAAUCAUCCAUCAAAGCGUUAGAGGAAAUUUCUAUAUUCUAUUUUUUGAUAUUUUCCAUUGAUUUUAAGGUUUCGCUUGCGGGCCGAGUCUCUCAGGGGAUUUCCGUAAGGAAAACUCUGGCAAAGGAGGCAGUUCUCUGUGCUGCCUCUGUAGUUGUAGUCGGAGCAAACAAUGGUUUCUUGCUUGGGGGCUCGGCUUCAGUGGCAAAAUACUGUGCAAAGAAACUUCCAAUGACGGCAACUUUAAUUGCAUUCCACAACGGACGAGUCAUUUUCAAGAAAGAGUCCGCGAAACCAAAUUCAGGACAAGAAUCGAAGCCAAAUCUUCGCAGUAUAUUGCAUCCUAGUGUCGGAAUGGACACAAAAGCCAUCGUCCCUAGCUUCAGAGAGAAGCCUAAUGUUUCAAGUGAUCGCCAACUUGUUGUAUAUGAUUCGAGCAGAAUUUCAGUUCUAGUGAAGAAAUUGCCAGAGUCAAAGCCAGGAUGGCCACUGUUAAGAAAAGCAUUGACAGCAAAUAUCGAGGCUUUGAAAGAGAAUGAAGCUCGAAAAAUGUCAGUAGUUCAGUGGGUUAUGAACUUGCCAGAUAGAUCUUUGUUGCAUUCUGCAACGAAUAGCCUGAUCAAGGAGUUGGAGAUUGUUCUUCAUAGCAAUUCUUCUACUUGCAAAUGGUUUCAAUAUGAAGAACUUCAGAUCUCAACCAAUUACUUUUCUGCAGAUUAUUUGAUUGGGAAAGGAGGGAGUAGUCAAGUUUACAAAGGAUGCCUCCCUAAUGGAGAUAAAGUGGCAAUAAAGAUGUCGAAAUUAUCCAAGGAAACAUCAAGAGAUUUUCUUUUGGAGGCCGAUAUAAUUACUAAAUUGCAACAUGAGCGUGUCGUUCCUUUGUUGGGUAUUUGUAUUGAGUGCCAAACUUUUCUCUCCAUUUACGGUUAUUUCUCCAAAGGAAGUUUGGAGGAAAACCUCCAUGGUAAUAGAACUAAACCUCCAUUAAGUUGGCAUAAAAGAUUUAAGAUUGCUGUUGGAGUUGCAGAAGCACUGAGCUACUUGCAUAAUGGUAGUUCAAGACCAGUUAUUCAUCGAGAUGUCAAGUCUUCGAAUAUUCUUCUCAAUGAUAAUUUCGAACCACAGAUAUCUGACUUCGGAUUCGCUAUAUGGGCACCAAUGAAUUCAUUAUCCCAAGCACAUACUGAUGUUGUUGGAACAUUUGGAUAUCUUGCACCUGAGUACUUUAUGUAUGGCAAGGUAAGCAAUAAGAUAGAUGUGUAUGCCUAUGGAGUUGUUUUGCUUGAGCUAUUAACAGGCAGAAAACCAAUUUGUGAUGAGAACCCCAAGGGCCAAGAGAGUUUAGUUAUGUGGGCCACACCAAUACUAGAGAGAGGAGAUUUCAGAGAUUUCUUUGACCCCAAUCUCGAAGGUAAAUAUGAUGAGAAUCAAUUGCGAAGAAUGGUAUUGGUUGCCUCUCUCUGUAUCUCAAGAAUGGCACAUCUUCGCCCUCAAAUGAGCCAGGUACUCAGACUUCUACAAGGGGAAGAAGAGAUUGAGUCAUGGAUAAAUUCCAAAGCUAAUAAUUCGCACAACGAAUUGGAUUACCAAGAUGAAGAGUUCUAUUUAUCUCCUAGCAUAGGAUCACAUUUAGGCCUAGCAUUGCUUGAUGUGGAGGAUGACGAUGCGUCCAUAAUUAGCUUCGAACAAAACCAUCUCAGUUCCUUGGAUGAUUACUUGAAAGAACGAUGGAGUCGAUCUUCAAGUUUUGAUUAGCUCCUCCUUCUGUUUGUUGAUUAUUUGGGUUUUGAUGUGUUUGUACAGUUUGCUGUUGUGUAUAUUUAGUUCUCUUAUUACAGCAGAGGCAUCCACGGGAAAAUUCAAGCCUACAUAUGCCCACCUCAAAGGGGAGAGCAUUGACAGGCUCAAUCUCGUGCGACGUAUCUUGUUACAUUUACUGAUACAGGAGUGGUCUGUUUCAGGAAAAUGAAAAGAAAAAUAAAGGAAAUUGCAAUUAGUUGUAUCUUUUGGUUCUGAAGUUUUUUCUGUCUUUCGUUCUGAGAGAAAUUUCAACUGUGAGAGCAGCCUACAGGACGUCAUCCUAUGUUGGACCUUAUGGUAUUCAAAUCUUUUGCAUAAGAAUAAUAUACACAAAGGAUGUGUCUUUUGUGGGGUUUUUUUAUUUUUA